UUCGGGCGCAUGCGCGGUCUGAGGUAAACAGACUCCUGGGCGAAGACGGUCGGCAGAUCGGUAAUUCGCUGCCGGUGACGUACAACGGAGGAAAACCGGGUGUCGUGAGCGGCAAGAAAGACGAUUGAUAACCGGCUGCCGUUUUCUUUUUGAGAUCCCAGCCCUGCGGGGUGUUUUUUUUUUGUUUGCCCGUGUCUGAGCCGACUGGUUCUAUCCGGUUCUUGCGCCUGCGCACUGAGUUCCUGGCGAGAAGAAGACAGGAUGGUGCAGAAAGACGGGCAAGCGGCGGCCGCCGUCCUCUCCGAACCGGACCAGGAGGCCAACCCGAACCCCCUGGUGCCUGAACUGGUGUCCCCCGUGCCUGCAGCAGAGGACACCGACACGGAGACCGAGACCUCGGCGGGCAGGAGGUUCCUGUGCGGCGUCGUGGAGGGUUUCUAUGGACGACCGUGGACUAUGGAACAAAGGAAGGAACUUUUCAGAAGACUUCAGAAGUGGGGUCUUAACACAUACCUCUACGCUCCAAAGGAUGAUUACAAGCACAGAAUGUUCUGGAGAGAGAUGUACUCGGUGGAAGAAGCUGAUCAGCUCAUGACCUUGAUCUCUGCUGCUCAGGAAUUUGAGAUCGAGUUCAUCUAUGCCAUAUCUCCAGGACUUGACAUAACUUUUUCCAACCAAAAGGAAUUGUCUACACUGAAGCGCAAAUUAGACCAGGUCACGCAGUUUGGGUGCAAGUCGUUUGCUCUUCUGUUUGAUGACAUUGAUCACAAUAUGUGCCCAGCAGAUAAGGAAGUGUUCAGCUCUUUCGCCCAUGCACAAGUAUCCAUCACUAAUGAGAUUUAUCAAUAUUUAGGUGAACCAGAAACGUUCUUAUUUUGUCCCACAGAAUAUUGUGGGACCUUUUGUUAUCCAAAUGCUGCCCAGUCGCCGUAUCUGAGGACAGUCGGCGAAAAACUGCUCCCUGGCAUAGAAGUGCUCUGGACAGGUCCCAAGGUUGUUUCUAAAGACAUUACCGUGGAAUCCAUCGAAGAGGUUUCCAAAAUUAUCAAAAGGUCACCCUUGAUCUGGGACAACAUCCACGCAAAUGAUUACGAUCAGAAGAGACUUUUCCUCGGACCCUACAAAGGCCGCUCAACUGAACUUAUUCCACGGCUCAAUGGCGUUUUAACCAACCCAAAUUGUGAAUUCGAGCCAAACUAUGUCGCAAUCCACACGUUAGCUACCUGGUAUAAAUCUAACAUGAAUGGCGUGAGGAAAGAUGUUGUAAUGACUGACAGUGAAGACAGCACCGUGUCCAUACAGAUUAAAUUGGAGAAUGAAGGCAGCGAUGAAGAAUUAGAAACCGAUGUACUGUACAGUCCCCAAAUGGCUCUUAAAUUGGCGCUGAUAGACUGGCUGCAAGAGUUUGGUGUGCCUCUUCAGUAUAGCAACCGUCAAUUAGCCCAUAGCGGCGCAAAAGCCACUGUUGUCGGAAUGGCGCCGUUAAAUUCCACCUCAUGCCUCAAUGCAUCAACGACUGUUACGACGGUUUACCAGCUGCCUAUUAUGAGCCAAGGGACCGCAGGAAGCGAUGACCCACCAAUGCCUCCAAAAGAGGAGGAGGAGGAGAAGAAGCAACUGGACGAGGAACCCAUGGAGAUGGUGGUUGAAAAGAUAGAAGACGUUAAUAAGAACCAAAUCUUAACAGACAUUGUCGAGGCUAAAAUGUCAGAGGAGCUGAAGCCGAUGGACACUGAUAAAGAGAGCGUUGGCGAAGGCAAGUCCUCUGAAUCCUGUAUGCAGGAGGACGUGUGUAAUGACAUCGCCCCAAUGCAGACUGAUGAGCAGUUCAACAAGGAGCCGUUUAUCCCUGGUCCUAAUGAGAAGCCCCUUUACACUGCUGAAGCGCUCACCCUGGAGGAUUUACAGUUACUUGUCGACUUAUUUUACUUGCCUUAUGAGCACGGACCAAAAGGUGCACAGAUGUUAAAGGAGUUUCAGUGGCUGCGCGCCAACAGCAGUGUGGUCAGCGUCAACUGUGUUGGACAAGACACAGACAAAAUAAGCGAAUGGAGAGACCGAGCAGUAAAGUUUGAAGAGAUGUGCAACGUCCUAAUGACCAUGUUCACUCGGCUUUCUAACUGUCCAAACAGGACCAUCCUCUACGACCUGUACCCCUACGUCUGGGAUAUUAAGAGUAUCAUUUCUAUGGUGAAGUCUUUUGUUCAGUGGCUAGGGUGUCGUAGUCAAUCUUCAGCACAGUUCUUAAGUGGAGAUCAAGAGCCCUGGGCCUUUAGAGGAGGUCUAGCAGGAGAGUUCCAGCGUUUGCUUCCAAUUGAGGGAGCAAAUGACCUCUUUUUUCAGCCACCUCCCCUGACACCGACUUCCAAAAUCUACACCAUAAGACCCUAUUAUCCAAAGGAUGAGUCGUCUGUUUACAGGAUUUGUAGAGAAAUGUACGAUGAUGCGAUGGACGAUCUGCCAUUUGAGAGUCAGCCUGACUUGAUAGGAGACAAGAUUGUCGGAGGACUCCUGUCUCACAGUCUUGACUACUGCUUUGUAUUGGAAGACGAGGACGGGAUAUGCGGUUAUGCUGUGGGUACAGCAGACGUGUCCCCUUUUCUAACAAAAUGCAAACAUUCCUGGAUACCUUUCAUGCAGGAGAAAUAUACUAAACCGAAAGAGGACAAAGAGCUAUCUGAAGCAGAGAAAAUAAUGCUCAGUUUUCACGAGGAACAAGAAAUAUUACCCGAUACAUUCCUAGCUAGUUUUCCCUCUUUAAUAAAAGUGGAUAUUCAUAAGAAAGUUACGGAUCCGAGUGUGGCCAAAGGAAUGAUGGGGUGCCUCCUGUCUUCUCUUAAAGCCAAUGGUUCACGCGGUGCUUUCUGCGAGGUGAAACCUGACGAUAAACGAAUCCUGGAUUUCUACAGCAAGCUCGGCUGCUUUGAGAUUGCCAAAAUGGAGGGAUUCCCUAAGGAUUCUGUUAUUCUCGGAAGAAGCCUAUGAAGACUGUUUUAUUCCUCUGCAGAAUAAGCUACGGAGACAGAUUGCAACUUAGGGAAUCAUGCAAGAUGGCGGCAGCUUUACCCGCAGGUUGUCUGGACUCUUCCUAUGCAUACUAAACUUCACGAGCGAACAGCGUCUCAGCAAAUGUCUAUAAUGUUCUGUUGGUUGUUUGCAUGGGCCCUCACCCUCGGAGCAGCGCGCUCCCCAAGAUUUGUUUUUAUGUCGUCCUGAUUUCAGUACCUGAUAUUUCAUUGCCUUCUCCUAUUUCAGUCGCGGAUUUCAGAGGAUUUCUAUUUUUCUUCCUCCCUCGCUGGGAGGUUCACAUUGCCAAUUUUUUCUUUCUGUAAGCCAGAGAAAAGGUGAUAACACAUAGCACUUGGUAAUAGGGGCCUUUUAGAUACGGGGCAGGACACAAAAACCUAAGCUUGUGAGUAAGCUGGACCCCCUGAAGUAUUGGCAGAGGGGGGGGGGGACAUUGGUGGGCUGCGGAGGCUUAAAAAAACAAUAAGCGAAGCCUUUCUGUAAAUGUCGUGUAGAGAACUGUAUGUACAGUCUGCAUUUACCACGUUAUGUUUUUUGUACAUUAUAUUCUGUUUCUUUUUACAAUUUCUGAUCCGGCAUGGUUCACGUAAUACAAUGGUUAAACUC